GGAGAUGCUGCUGGAGCCCCCUGACUGUAAUGCCGGAGCCUCUCCGUUCCUGGCUCCCAGCCUCCAUUGAAUCCCGACAGAAAACGCCUCUAUCCAUGAAAAAUAACCCUUCCCCAUUGGCUGGAUCGCGGUGCACAUGCUAUAACAACAGGAUAUGCAAAGAGCUAUGGGCUGAUCUAAUAGUCUAUCAUGUUUUUCUCGUGCCAUAUCUGUGUGUUACUUCUUAAUAAGAUGUGAUCUGUCCACUUGAAUGCCACUAUUCAAAUGCCUACAUAAUAAUAAUAAUAAUAAUAAUAAUAAUAAUAAUAAUAAUAAUAAUAAUAAUAAUGAUGGUUGAGAGAGAGCUGCCACAGUCAUUGUGAGGGCUCUAUUGUUCCACAGAGCGCUUGUGCCUGUGUCGUAAAGCUGCUGAAGCAUGUUUAAGUAUCGGAUCCGGAUGUUUUUCAAUGAACUCAAAGUGUUGCUACUGAUGCGCUCUGGAUCAAGCAGGAGGACUGACACAGGCACAGACCCGGACACGCAGCCCAGGAUGAGAGGACUGGCUAUAGGAGGCUGUGGAUGGCCGCAGCUGAGUUGCUCUCACCGGGACGAUGAGGAGGAAUACUACGGCUCUGAUCCUCGGCCACGCAGCCUGGCCUUUGAGGACAAAGAAGGAGCCAAAACCCCGGGAGAGGAUGCGGGAGGAGGAGGAGGCCUGGACGCUUCUUCCCUGCCAAGUCUCUCCGAGAGCGGGAUGCGAUCACCGCAGUGCCGGAUCUGCUUCCAGGGGCCAGAGAAGGGGGAGCUGCUGAGCCCGUGUCGCUGUGAUGGCUCCGUGCGUUGCACCCACCAGUCCUGCCUGAUCCGCUGGAUCAGUGAGAGGGGCUCCUGGAGCUGCGAGCUCUGCUACUUCAAGUACCAGGUCCUGGCGAUCAGCACCAAAAACCCUCUGCAGUGGCAGGCCAUCUCUCUGACUGUGAUUGAGAAGGUGCAGAUUGCAGCCAUUAUCCUGGGCUCUCUGUUCCUCAUCGCCAGUAUUUCCUGGCUGGUGUGGUCCUCGCUCAGCCCCUCGGCCAAAUGGCAGCGGCAGGACCUUCUUUUCCAGAUAUGCUACGGCAUGUACGGCUUCAUGGACAUCGUUUGUAUAGGCCUUAUAAUCCAUGAAGGAUCGUCUGUUUACCGGAUCUUUAAGCGCUGGCAGGCGGUGAACCAGCAGUGGAAAGUGCUGAAUUAUGAGAAAGCAAAGGACUUAGGCGACCCCAUCAGCUCCGGCGGGAAAGGCGCCGGUCGCGCCGAGAGGGACCCUUCUCACGUUGUCACGGACAGCGAGCGGAGGGCGAGCCGGCACGUCAGGACUAUUCUCCACCACCACUGUGGCUACACUAUUUUGUACAUCCUCAGUCAGCUCAGACCCAACAACCUGCACAACAAUAACCAGGAGGUGGUCAUGAGGGUGACCACCGUAUGAGGCCGAGUGGCGUCCGCUGACGGGAGUGCGAUGACCUCCGGAGAGAAAGAAAUAAGCCUAAUCUGCCAUAAAAACACUGCCGUAAACUUCGUGUCUCCUGUUUUGUUCUCAAAUCGUUGCUGAGCUGAGGACACUGGAAAUUUUACUGUAAUAACUUUUUGGAUCGGGAGAACGGUACACUUUUAUCUUUGAAGAUAAAGACUGUGAAAUACGAAACAAUAAAAGAAUAAAAAAUAACAAUAAUAAUAAGUGAACAUGGAGCUUUGAUUUGUAAAGCCGUUAGCCAUUUUUUACCACCAUGACAAAUGUUUCAAAAUGUAAUUGAACUGUUUUGUUUUUUGACUUCUUUUUUUUCCUGAAGAAAAAUUAAAAGUGUUGUUGUUGUUUUUGAUUUGGAUCUGACUCCAUCAGAGAGUUUUAUGGUGAAACUGAUUGUUCUCCCUCUCAUGUGACUACAGUGCCCCCCCUUGAUUGUUCCACAUCUCUCUGUGGGUUUGACGUGAUCUCGUCGAUUGAAAGUGUUUUUUUCUUGAAGCAAGACUGAUUCGUAAAGACAGACGACUCAAUAAAAAUGUACUUAAAAAUAUACCCUCAAAGUAUAAUUCAUGUUUUGUAAUAAAGAUUUUUGUUGAGCUAA